AUUUCUGUCUCCAUGGUAGCGCAUCCAACGUGGCGAACAGUUUACUCGCAAUUUAAUAACCCUGCGCUAUCUCUUAUAGUGUCUAGUGCUUGUAGUGUGCCAUGCCUAUUCUCGUAACAGAUUACGACUGGCGACAAACAGAAGCUGUUGUCAUUAUCAAAGUUCGUCUUAGAAACGUAAACUCCAAAAACGUAGACAUUUUUACACUGGAUAAAUAUAUAAAGGCACAUUAUCCUCCAUUUCUCUUUGAAGUUUUCUUGUGGGCACCUGUGAAAAACUCUGAAAGCAAUUGCACCUUGACCGAUACAGAGAUCAUUUUUGAGCUACAUAAAUUGGAACAAAAAAUAUGGGAAAGUUUGGAAGCAUCAGUUACUAAAGAAGAGAAACAGAAACUUCGGCUACAGUAUGUCACUGAAGCUCUUGAAAUUGCAGAAAAAGAAAAAGAAAUAAAUUCUAAGAAAAGACAUGACUUGCAACAGUUAGCGGUAAGACAACAAAUAGCUCUUGAUACACAAGAACGAACAAAAAUUGAAGAAAUAAAAAAUAAUGAAAGGACCAUAGCUAUGAAGGACCUACAACAGUGGAAAGAUUCUGCAAGUAUAAACACUGAAGAUUUUGGUAAGCAAUCAAGUAAGAAAAAACAGUUGAACAGUAUAAAAGAACAGAGUACUAAACAAAAGAUUUUUGUAAAAGGUGAAAGCAAAGAUAAAAAAUGCAUCAACAAUAAAAAAUUUUCUGAUGAAGAAGAAUGUAAAGAAGCUAACUCAAAGAAAAUUUUCCACAGUGAGAUACCGAAGCCAGCACCAAGAAAACCCGGGAAAAUUCAUGUUAGUUUUACUCCUAGGGUGUUUCCAACUCCCAAAAGAGAGUCUCAGGAAAAAGAAGAGCAGGAGUGGCUGAAGAAACAAUAUGAGGCAAGGAAAAAUGUGGGAUUUGUGGAAGAAGAUCUUCUCCCAGAAGAGAAGGACCCAGACUGGCUCAAACAAAAAGGAGACUCAUUUUUCCAAAUGGGUAAUUACCUUGGAGCAAUCAGUGCUUACAGUCAUGCCAUUAAUCUUGGAUUCAAAAUGGCUGCAUUGUAUUCAAACCGUGCUGCUGCACACCUGGCUGUUGGCAAUGUGCACAAAGCUAUUGAGGAUUGCUCAGAAGCCCUUGAACUCCUCACACCGCAUGUAUCCAUGAAUGCAGAAGCACGAGCUUGCUGCCAUGCUCGAAGAGCAGCAGCUUUAUGUCGCCUUGGGCUGCUCCCACAGGGAUUGGCUGACCUAGAGGCUGCAUUACAACUACAACCAGAAAAUGAAAAGCUGUGGAAUGAUAUGAAACUUGUCAAGAAAUCAAUUGAAUCUCAGACACAAGAGACAUCUUCAGAUAAUGAUUAAUCAUAAUGUCCACAACACUGAUCACAUUAGGGAUGAUUAUGCUAUUUUGUUAAGGUUAGUUACUUUAUGGAGACUUAAUCCUGAAUUAAACCUGAUAAGUAUUAAUUUGCAAUAGUACAAUACCAUAUUAAAAAUGAGGGCACAAAUCAACAUAAAGGAUAACUGAAGUUAAUUUUUGUGAUAGGGAGGUUGUAAAUUUAGCAGGUGGCAACAGGUACUAAUGAAGCAAAGCCUGAUAUACUGACUAGCUUUUGAUAUCAAACAUUUCCUCAUCUAGUAAUGAAGAGAAAACAGUUGGAGAAACAAGUCAAUCCAGGGGGUAAAGAAACUCACUCAGCUUAAAGGAAACACACGAGUUCAAAGUGGAAAUCAGUGAUGAAAUCCUAGCAGCAGAUAAUAUUUUGAAACUUGAGGAAUUAAAACUGUAGAGAGGACUGUGAGUCAAGUCAAGUAUUAGAGAAUGACAGAUUAAAAUAAAACAAUACACAAGACAAUAAUGGACAAUGAUGUAAAGAAAGGAAAGAAUAAUCAAAUGAUGAAUAAGUAGUAUGUAAGAGAUAAAAGAAAAAAAAUAAAGCCGAGCAGAGAAUCAGAGGAUACAUUUUAAUGUAGCACAUGCCUAGAUACCAUAACCCUGCUGGACUGUCACACCAUGCAGAUUUAGUCUUUCUUCGGUCACUGUACAUCAUUUAAGAUGACUGCCAGGAUGGUUCCUUUGAAAUAAUGUGGCUGAUUUCCUGCCUGAUCAUCAUGCAAUUUGAAUGUGUUCUUCAUCUCUUAAUGACCACAUUACCAAUUAGAUUAAAUCUUAAUUUUCCUCCUUACCUCUUCCCCUCUAUUUUCAGUAUGUCCUAUUUUUGUGACUUGCUGAGAGUCACGUCCAUAUUUCUCAUACUUCAAUAAGUAAUGCUAUUGUCAGUCCAAAGAUUAUUUUGAAUACCACAAUGCUUUAUUAGUCAUGGUCCUGUUGGAGGUAGUGUACAGUUGCCUUCCUCCAACCUUUGAACUGGUUUACCCAUCCAGUUACAGGGGUAUGUACAGUUUAAUGCGGAUUCCGAACCAUGGUGCAACUUGGCAUUUUUCACAUCAAAAAACAUUUCCAGAUGUAAAAGAAGUGAUAAGUGACAGAUAAAAGUCCUAGGAUUGACCGGCAAUCAAACCCAAGACCUUUCAGUCUGUAGUCAGCACUUAGCCACACUCAUACCUCAGUCAAUUUAAUUUAAUCAUCAUUCCAGUAGUGCUAUACUUCAGCAAUUCCUAUUAACAUAUUGUAUAUCUCUUCAUUACUUAAAAUUCUCCUUCCUCUUCCCUUCUUAGAGAAGGUUUGCUCUAAAAGCUUGAGUUGCAUACAUAUAUGAUCUGCUUCCCCCAUUGUAAUGGUAAGUUUCAGGAGAAUUAGUGGUUUUUCCUGUGUUCAUAAUUUCCUUAAAACCACUGCCUCUAAUAGAGGUAUGAUUUACUGUCCAAUCAUCAUAGAGGUGUCAUAAUAGCAUAGUAUGGCAUAACCAUAGGAAAGAAUUAGCCCCAACCAUGUUUGUAGAAUUGCCUCAUAUUCAAUAAAUCCUUAUAAAAUGUAAAUUAAGAUGACUGAAUGGAAUAUUAUCCCUACCCCUUCAAAAUGAAAGUCCAGCACAUAUUAAGAAGUACUAAAUAGAGUAAGAGUGAAUGUCAUAAUGAGUGUAAAAAAAUUGAGCUAGGCCAUUUUAAAAGCUAAUUUUGGGCCAGAGAACAACAGUCUGAAACUUUUAUUUACUUGAACAUAU